UGUCAUCAGUCAGUGUCAAACGCACGGUUCUUCAUCUGUCAAAGUCAGCAGGCAUAAAAAAAAGAUCGUCUUUCGUACUAUAUUUUCGUUGCGAAAGACUGAAGUGAAUUACUUAACUUUUCUUUAAAUGCGAGACUCUUGAAUGCGAGUUAAAUUCUAAUUAGUAUUAAUCCUUUUCGUGGUAAAACGUAUCUAAAAAAAAAUUAACUCAUAACCUAAAAUUUUAAACUACUUUGUGUUUACAAAAAUGCGGCUAAACAUACGGUUACUUUCGUCUGCUGUUCAAAAGAGACCUUUUUAUGUGACUACCCCUAUAUUUUACGUGAAUGCCGCACCACAUCUCGGUCACCUUUACUCAGCAGUCGUAGCAGACGCCAUUCAGAGGUUUGAGAAGCUCACAAACCCAGACUGCAAUAUUAUAUUUAGUACAGGCACUGACGAGCAUGGAACCAAGAUCCAGCAAGCAGCUGCCAAAGCCAAACUUCCCCUACCAGAGUACUGCUCCAAGACAUCUGACGAAUACCGAACACUGUUCAAGGAGUUCAACGUUGACUUCACAGAUUAUGUCAGGACUACAGAGAAAAGACACAAGGUUGCUGUUAAGCACUUUUGGAACAAACUAAUGAGAAAGGACUACAUAUACAAAGCGAAGUACUCGGGCUGGUAUAGCGUCAACGACGAGUCUUUCGUGCCUGAGGCUCACACCAGGGAAGAUAUUGUGAAUGGAGAGAAGGUAAAAGUGUCAGUGGAGUCAGGCCACAGAGUCGAGUGGACAGAAGAGACAAACUACAUGUUUCGUCUCAGCGCCUUCAAAACGCAUCUGAAGGAGUGGCUUAGUACAGACGGCGUGAUAACUCCCAGCAAGUUCCAGAAACAGUUGCAGGAGUUACUGGAGAAUGAGGUGUACUUCCCCGACAUAUCUGUCAGUCGGCCGUCUUCCAGGGUGCACUGGGCGAUACGGGUGCCAAACGACGAGGAGCAAAGUAUAUACGUGUGGCUUGACGCUCUCAUCAACUACCUAACUGCUAUCGGGUAUCCUGAUGAAGACGCUAUGAUCCGGCGCGGCCGGCCCUGGCCCGCUGACGUGCACGUAGUAGGGAAGGAUAUACUCAAGUUCCACGGCAUUUACUGGCCGGCCUUCCUAAUGGCCACCAGCUGGCCGCCGCCGCGCCGCCUCGUCUGCCAUUCACACUGGACGGUAGACGGAAGCAAGAUGUCCAAGUCUUUAGGCAAUGUGGUGGAUCCAAGGAGGACCCCUGUGAAUCCCUCUGCGUUGAGAUAUUUGCUGUUGAGAGAAGCUACUAUGGCUGGUGAUGCUAAUUACAGCGAGACCAAGCUAAUAAACGUGGCCAACUCCGAGCUAGCCGAUACAUUAGGCAACCUGGCGUCCCGUUGUUGCGGCGCGUCCCUCAACCCGCGACAGGAAUUCCCUCCAUUACACGUCCACGAGCUCGCAACGUGUCGGCAAGUUGACGUCACCGCGAAUUUGCUGGAUAGAGUUGAAAGGCUGCCUGAAAUCUGCCACGAGCACUACUCAAACUACCAGUUCUACAAAGCCGUAGACGCGGUCAUACACACGCUACACCUCGCCAAUCUCUUCUUCGAGACGCACAAACCUUGGGAACUCAGAAAACAAGUGGAAAACCAGAAACACCUUGACGUCAUCCUACACAUCACCAUGGAAACGCUACGAAUAUGCGGAAUAAUACUCCAACCGAUAAUACCUGAUAUGUCCCAGAAAUUACUCGAUAAACUACAAAUUCCGAAGGAUUUCAGAAACUGGCAACACUGCGAGCGGCCAUCUUGGAGCAUAGAGGACGCGAUAUACGAAACGAAGUACAUACAGAAUGGCAAGUUUGUGCUGUUUCAGAGAGUUUAUGUGGAUAAGAAUAAUGUGCAGAAGAAAAAGGCGAAAGCGUAGGACUUGUAAUGUGUCAAUUUGUUUGGGUGGAAUGACUUAAACAGGCAAUAAUGUAGUUCCCACAAUAUUCUGAAUCAUAAUGCCUGGAAAAAACUAUUUUUAAACUUUUUGAGAUUGCCGAAUAGUCUUCUACUUACUUCUGUAUAGCAAUUAUUUUAUGAAUCUAACUGGUAAAUUAUGUAAUUAAAAUUAUUUGUUAUAUGUUUUGUAAUAUAACAACUCAGCAGUCUGUCAGCAUACAAUACUACAGCGACGGCAUGUUAUACUAAACACUAUCAAAUCCUAUUUUUUUGGUAAUAGGGGCGAUUUUGUAACCAAAAUGUCUUGUAUGAUGUGCUGUCAUCUGUAUGUGGAAGUCUUUGGAAGUAGUUUUUUUUGUUAACGGUUGCCAUUAUUAUGUACUUUAUAAAUCACUCAAUAUUUUAAAGCUUAUUAGUGCAAUAUAUUUAAAUACCUCCACUUCUGAAUAUUUCACUACCCUUUAGUGCUUUCAUUAAUUUUAAGGAAGUUUUUUGUUCUACUAUUAUAAUUUGUUGUUUUAUAAUACUG